CUGUUCCCCUCCAUCUCUCCCUCGCCCCCUGUGCCCGCCCCCGCCUCACACACACGCACACACCCCACAGCCUACAGCGCUCCCUUCUGCUGCCUGCUUGCUCCAGCGCCCGCCUCUCCUCGAGCUGCCGCCGCGCGCGCGCGCGCCCCCGCCCGCUGCUCGUUCCUCCCGCCUGCUUGGCUCGGCGAGCCCUGCCAGCAAGAGGUUGGUGGGCGGCGCGGGGAUUUGUAUUGGAGGAGCCGAGGAGGGUGCUUGGCCGCGAGGAGAUCGGGGGCGCGGGAGGGUGGCCGCGCUCGGUUCAGCGGGAUCACUUGGCGCGGGGCCCAUGCCGUGAGCAAAAGCCAAGCUUUUGUUGCCCGGGGGAGAGAUCUUGCACUUGCCGCGGAAGUGAAGCCGGCGGUGCGGUCCCGAGCCGAGCGGCGCCCGCCCCCCGCCGCCGCCGCCAUGGCCGGCAGCGACGAGGUCAACCGCAACGAGUGCAAGGGUGCGGUGCCGAUCCACACAUGGGUGCUCAUCUCCAACUUCAAGCUGGCGUACAACAUGCUCCGGCGGGCCGACGGCACCUUCGACCGCGACCUCGCCGAGUUCCUGGACCGCCGGGUGCCGCCCGACGCGCGGGCCCAGGAGGGGGUCUCCUCGUUCGACCACGUCAUCGACACGUCCACCGGCCUCGAGGUCCGCAUCUACCGCGCCGCCGCCGCCGCCGCUAACAACAACGGUGGCGCGGCCGCGGUCACCCUGCCCAUCCUGGACUUCCUCGCCGGCGCGCCGUCCCCGGACCCGUUCCCGGUCAUCCUCUUCUUCCACGGCGGCAGCUUCGCGCACUCUUCCUCCGGCACGGCCAUCUACGACAACCUGUGCCGCCGGUUCGUGAAGCUGAGCAAAGGCGUGGUGGUGUCCGUCAACUACCGUCGCGCCCCGGAGCACCGGUACCCGUGCGCCUACGACGACGGCUGGACGGCGCUCAAGUGGGCCAUGUCGCAGCCCUUCCUCCGCAGCGGCAGGGGCGGGGACGCCCGCCCCCGCGUCUUCCUGUCGGGCGACAGCUCCGGCGGCAACAUCGCCCACCACGUUGCCGUCCGCGCCGCCGACGCCGGGAUCAACAUCUGCGGCAACAUCCUGCUCAACGCCAUGUUCGGCGGCACGGAGCGCACCGAGUCGGAGCGGCGGCUGGACGGCAAGUACUUCGUCACGCUCCAGGACAGGGACUGGUACUGGAAGGCGUACCUGCCCGAGGACGCGGACCGGGACCACCCGGCGUGCAACCCGUUCGGGCCGAACGGGCGGCGGCUCAGGGGGCUACCCUUCACCAAGAGCCUCAUCAUCGUGUCGGGCCUGGACCUCACCUGCGAUCGGCAGCUGGCGUACGCCGAGGGCCUCCAGGAAGAUGGCCACCAUGCCAAGCUCGUGUACCGUGAGAAGGCCACCGUGGGUUUCUACCUGCUGCCCAACACGGACCACUACCACGAGGUGAUGGAGGAGAUCGCCGACUUCCUCAGGGCUAACCUCUAGUACAUACUACUACGACAUCACAGCUGCCUGCCUGCCUGCCUGCUGAUCAUAAGACUCAUCGACCAGUGGUCGUCUCAGACACAAACUUCAACCUCUUGUUAUAGCAAGAAGAUGGUAAGCUUGACUUAUAGUUGUACCGAUCUGCUCUCCUCCUCCGCCUUAUACUGCUGCUGCUGCUGCUUGGGGGUAAUCUGCUGAAUUCCGGCGACGACGGCAAGGCAUUGCUGCUGUCCAUGGCCAAGUGGUGCACUCAAAAGGACAGCCAGCUCCAUAUUUCUGAUCUGAUGAUAAAAGCUCUAGUAGGAAAGGAAUCACGGUGACUUUUUGUUUCGUCGUCGGGUGAAAGUCGUUCUGCUGAUCAACAAAGCUUUGAUGAUCUGCGUCCUGGUUGAUGGAGAGAAGCCUAUUAUUUCGCCUUCAAUCACCCUCCCUCCCUCCCUCCCUCCCUCCCCGGAGGGAAUUCAUCAUCUAACAUUCUGUGUACAGUGGUGGACUGACGGACCAACAAGGAGGUGGACGGCCUUUUUGUUGUUGCUGUGUUUGAUGUAUUACUACUAGUAGUUUUUUUCUCAUCUUUUCUGGAUUGGAUGCUGCCUACCCCUCACUCUAUGAUGAAUCUAUUAUCUAUCUACCCAUGUUUUGUGAAACAUGUUUCCAAUCUACUAGGCAAUCCCUGAAGAAAUUGUGCUACUACUAGUGCUGGCCUGUCGUCUCCUUUCUUGUCCAAUCUCUGUAUACAAUGCUCAACUACUGAUAUGUUGUAUUGCGUGUA